UACUUGAACUCUUUUGGAGAGAAUAUUAUGACAAUGUGUUAAGUGAUGACAUCAAUUCUCUUUCAGCACCAUGGCUAGACAAUAUGAUGCUAUAUGAUUUGUUGUUACUUGAAAAUCAACUUCCCUUUUAUGUCCUUGACAAUCUCUAUUCUAUAUCCUCCCACUUUGCGGCCAGCUAUGAUUCUACAUAUGGUCGUAAUUGUAACAUCCCUUCGUUCAUCAAGCUUACGUAUAGGUUUUUUGGCAGUUUCAAUAGAUCCCGGUUGACUUUUGUCAACUAUAACGAGAUAAAACACUUCACUGAUCUGAUACGAUUCUUUCACUUAAAACUUCCUUCGAGAGGAGAAGCAGAGUUUUCAAGGAGCAACAAAUUGCUGGAACAUCUUCCCACUGCUACUGGGUUGUCAGAAGCAGGAGUAAGGUUUAAGGUAACCAAAAGUAAAUGUUUGUUGGAUUUGAAAUUUACAAAAUGGGUUUUUAAAAUCCCGCAAUUGCUUGUACAUGAUGCUUCUGAACUUGUGUUUCGCAACAUGAUAGCUUUAGAGCAGUGUCAUUAUCCGUAUAAGUCCUACAUUACUGAUUAUAUUGUAGUUCUGGACGUUCUAGUAAACACAAGUCAUGACGUGGAUCUACUGGUUCGUAAGAGAAUACUGGUGAACUUUUUAGGAGACAGCGAUUCUGCGGCUAAAAUGAUUAAUGGUCUUUGUAAAAAUGUACUGCAGCUAAAUUUUAGUUGCCAUUACUUUCAUCUCUGCGAAGACUUGAAUGCUUUCUGUAGAAAUCCCUGUCGUAAAUUGAUGUCAACUUUGAAACGUGAUUAUUGUAAAGGUCCAUGGCAAAGCGCUGCUACAACUGCUGCAAUUGUUCUUCUUGUUCUCUCUUUUGUUCAAACACUUUGCUCUAUCUGGGAAGUAUACAAGCGUUAG